CACACACAUGCACAUGCACCUGCUCUGGCCCCAUGUUAGAGAUUGUGCAAGUGCCAUGAUGGGUUAGGGUACAUAACUCUGAAUGCCAUGGAUUUACUCAUAGUCCUCAUCAGCGUGUGGAUACAGGUGGGCUGCGUGCCAGGGAUACACCACGAGGAUGGAGCUGGUGCUUACCUGCCAGCGAAAGAUGUUUUGCUCUUGAAGGAUGAGGAGGAUCCUAAAUGUUUCAGCCGGACACAACAUGACUUCACCUGCUUUUUUGAGACCAAAGACGACGGGAUUUACAAUUUCUCCUACAAGAUCGAAGAUGAGCCUGAAGAGAAGAGUUGCAGUUUGUCUGUGCAGAGAACAGAGGAGGAAACUUUCCUCCACAUCUGCACAUUCCCUAGUGAUGAUGUUUUCUUGUACAUCCUCAUACAUCUUAAAGUGGCCGAGUCCAGCACCAACACCACCCUGUUCACACGCAGCGUGAGCGUGGAAGACCAGUUUCUCCUGGACGCCCCUGUUGAUGUGUCUCUGCACAACACUGACCAGGCAGGGGAGCUGCAGGCCACCUGGAGCAUCCAGACGAAGUGGGAAACCCAGGUUGUUUACAUGAUACGAUACUCCUCCAGGAGGCUGGUGGAGCGGACAAAAAAGGGAGAGAAGAAAGACAUCAGCAGACUGGUUUCUCUGGUGCCUGGGGAGUUGCUUCACUUCCAGAUCAGAGUCAAACACCACCUCAGUAAAAAAUGGAGCCACUGGACUGACCCUGUGCGUGCAAUGGUGCCCCAAAGUGCAGAUGACAUCUCGCUUUUGUGCUACACGUCUGACCUGCGAAGUGUCACCUGUGAGUGGAAUGAGAACACCUAUGGGCGGUUUACCUACAAGCUCUUCUACAAGACGAGCCCCAGCCGAGCUACGGACUGGACCGAGUGUGUGUCUGAUGGGAAUUUGACUGGCCUCUGCCGUUUCCAUGGCGAUGAGUCCAGGGAAGUUCAGGUGAAGCUGAGCAACGGUUCGACUCCGUUCAGCCGAACUUUCUACAGCCAGCCCUUCAGUGUGAACAGCAGCAUCAAACCAUCUCCACCAGGGCAUCUGACAGGAAAGCUGCAGAGGGGCAGGCUGUGCUUGACAUGGGACGCCCCUCCUCUGCCUCUGUUGGCCCACCUGCAGUACCAGGUGUCCUACCAGCCCAGACAGGAUGCAGACUGGGCGACGGUGUUCCUGACAGGUCCAGAGGCUGCCACGUGUCUAGAGGUGCCAACAGGAUGCCGGUACAGAGCUCAGGUCCGAGCCAAGCCCAACGGGGCCGGCUACUCAGGCCACUGGAGUGACUGGUCACAGGAAAUCACCGGAGACAUCCCCACUGAUACAAAUGCUUUUCUCAUCCUGUGCAUCCCUGUCUUGCUGUUGAUUGUGACUAUUGUCUUCAUCUCGAUGUACUUCAGUAAGCUCAAGAGGUACUUUUGGCCACCAGUUCCCAACCUUGACAAAGUCCUUCAAGGAUUUCUGACAGAAAUCAACAGGAAAACAUUGGAUCCCAUAUUCACAGCAAAGCAGUUCUAUGAUGAAACCCCAGCGUCUGUGGUGGUGGUGGUGGUGAAGUCUGAGGAUGAGGCCUCAGGACCGGGGAGUCCACUUGUGGAAUCAGACCGGCUCUUGUCAGCAGCACAAGGCUCCUCGGGCGGGGAGCAGGUGGAUGGGAGCCCUGAGGAGGUCAGCCCAGACUAUGUGACACUGAGCACCGAUAAUGUUGCUCGCUGUCCAAAAGGAAAUGAGUAUGUGUAUGAGCAGGCUGGCGAGUGUGGAGGUCUGGGAUUGACGGACAGAGUCAACCAAACAACCUGCCACUGCUCCUACACCGGUAAGUCGUUCAGUGUCCCAUCAUGCACCAGCAGUGACCACCUCAACCGCUCCUACUUGCCCCUGGCAGAGUCUGUGGACAAACUGCACUGCCAGGUUGCUGCCACUAGAGGGCCAGGCAAUCUCUAUGUCAAUUUCUAGAGUCCAACAAAGGCAAACAGCUAAAGGUGCAGGCAUACACAGUCACACCCAGUAUCAUAAGACCAAGUGAUAAAAUGUACAACAGUGUACUGUGGUGCACAUUUGAUUUCUGUGAAUGAUGCACCAUUUAUGCAUGAAAUGUAUGCAUUCAGUUGCAAAUAGAUGUAAUUUAUUCACCACCAAGUUUGAAAAUGUAUUGAUUUAAACAUAAAAGCUAAAGUUUUCCUUUUCUAAGGAGUAAAUAACAUGCCUUAAGUGAUCUGAAGAGUAAAGUGCACCA